AUGAUCGACCAGAAACGCACCUCGCAGUUGAGUGAGGAGGCAAGGCAAGCGAUGUGUACGAGAUCUCCAGGAGAGACAGUCGAUGCUACCAGUCCGACACACGACAGGCCAACGGUUGAUGAACGCAACCUCGAUCGUGAGUCCCCUCGUGGCAGGGUCUGGAAAGGCUACAACGGUUAUUCGAAGCUAGCAGAUAGUGCUGGGCUCGGUGCCACCAGCCGCAUAUCGCCUGAAGGGCGGGGAGGCCUUCAGGCACUUUACUGCUGCUGUCUAGAGCGCAAGAAGAAGGCUUGGAAUAGAAACAGCGAUGGUGCGCUCGACCUCAUCACCAGACUGGGGCAGCAGACAACAGAUGCGGCUAGCGGGCCAGCAUGCAGAUGGCGCCACGGCUGCGAGAUGGGAGUGCGAGUGCUGCUGCAAAUGCGAGACGAGCCCGAGGAAGCUUUUGAGAUUGAGCUCCUGAACAGUCUAGAGGGUAAGGGCAAGAUGGCAGAGUCGGUCAUGACUGCUGGUGCUGAUGACAAGGGCACCCACAUGUGGCAUGCUGUGUCGCCCGCCGCCAGAGUGGACCCUGCAAUGAGGCUUCGCCCGGGCGCUCCAGUGACCAGCAGCCAGGGCCCAGCUCACGCUGUUCGGGGUUGUGUCCAUAUUUACAGAACCCUGGCACCCUGGUCGCGGCCUGCAACCACCUUGGAUAGUCUGCGCGCUAGCCUUCCCACUGCUGCAUGGCUUGCGCUCCCAGCAGCAUCCUCACCGCGAUACCUCUCCGUCACCUUUCUCCCGCAGCCGCAGCCCAGAGGCCCGCUGCAAGCCUCCCACAUUUCUCUCCGUCCUCGCCUGCGACUCUGGACGCGCUACGAGCAGACCAUUUGCAGCAUUCCGCCGCGGCGUUCGACCACUGCAUCCGGCACAGCUCUUGGGACGUCCGCGAAACCGCCCUGCCGCCCAGCGCCGAUCACUUACGAGCGAUCAGCAGCGUCCGUCGACUGCACAGUCCCGCAGACCUCGCGCGACGCCUCUCGACACCACCUCCUCUCCCAACUCGUGGCGACUGCUGGCGACCUUCCAGCCACUACGGCUUGUCACCGCCGUGCGCCAGCCAUCAUGCAGAUGAACAACCCCCAAAUGCAGAUGAACAACGGCAUGCCCCGCCAGGGCCAGCCGAACAUUGCAAACUACAACCACUUCUUCAGCCACUACCGCGCCCAACAGCAGCAGGGCAAGAUCCCCCAGGGCUGGCAGCAGUCCGUAGCACCAGAGGAACGGGGCCAACUCGCCUUCCAGUUCUUCACCCAGUACCGCCUCCUGAAGCCAGACGGGCCGGAAUUGGAAACCAUGCGCACCUCGCUCCAGUUCGAGAACCAGGUCUUCAUUCAGUCGCAGACAAAGGACCAGUAUGUCUCAAACAUCAAGCAGAAACUCAUGCAGAUGACAGUUGCACGACAACAGCAGUCACAGCGCAUGCAGCCCAACCUUGGCAACAUGAACAUGCCCAUGAACGGGAUGAACCAGAUGAACAUGAUGGGCCAGCCUGGUCCUCAAGGUCCUCGACAAGGCACACCGCAGCAAUUCAAUCAGGGCUUUCCCAACGCUCAGCUUCAACGGCAGAUGCAGAUAUCGCCAGUCCCCAUGGCACAGCAAGGAUCAAACAUGGGCAUGAAUGUCGGCACUCCUAAUCUCAACCAGGGUCAACAGAACCAGCAAGCCAACACGCAGCAACCGCCACACCGGUUACCUCAGGCACAGGAAGGCCAGUUCAUCAACGGAGUAGCCAAGAAAAUGAUGGAUACUUGCGCGGCUGAGAUUCGCCAAAGGUUUCAGCUGGAAGUCAACGCCUGGCCUGAUGAGAAGAAGCAACAGCUUCUUUCACAAGGCAUUGAUCCUCUUUUCUUCCGUUUCCGCGCGCACGCCGAGAUGAUGUAUAGGAGCGGCAAACUUAACCUCCAAAGCCUCCAGGCGCAACAGCGCGCGAAUCCGGCGGGCGGGCAGCAGGGUGGCCAGCCCAAUCAGAUGCAGGGUCAGCAAGCCAACAUGGCCCAACGACAGUCAAACCCUGCAUUCGACUUCAACGCAAUCACGGACCAACAGCUAGGAGCUGUAAGGCUCCAAGACUCAGGCGCAGAAGUUGUUCCUGCUAGCAACAACAACAGUGCCCAAAUGGGUGCCUUUGGGCAAGGAGGUCAGCCUCAGAAUGCAGCUAUGGCACAAAGACAGGCUGCAUUCCAGCAGAGCCUCCAGCGUCAGGCCAAUGCUUCCCAUAUCCAGGUAGCCCAGGCUCAAGCGCAAGCGCAAGCGCAACAGCAAGCUCAGGCUCAAGCACGCGCGCAGAUCGACCAACAACAGAGGGCGCAGCACGCAGCGAUACAGAGGAACCAGAAUCAGGUACUACAGGGGCAGGUCGGUGGACUCAAUCUUCCGCCAGGAUCACAACCAAGCCCAGCCAUGUCGAUGCUCAACCGGCCAAUGAACCCCCCUGGCCCACAAGGAUCGCCCAACCCGCAGCAACGGCCGCCGCAGGCGCAUGUACCGCAGAUGACGCCUCAGCCUGGUCAAGGACAGCCCGAACAAGUGUCUGCUUUGUUGCGGGAGGCACAGCAGAGGUCCGCUGCAGCCGCUGCUCUGGGCCAGACUCAAGGGCCUCUGACCGACGCUGCGCGGAUGGCCAUGAUGCCAAAGGAUCUUGACCCGCUUGCGCAACAACAACUCCUCAAGGUUCCAGAACAGAAUUUCCGCCAGAUUCUCGCCAACUACCUGACCACCCAACGUCGUAAUCAAGCGAUGCAGAACGGGUUAUUGCCAGGUGGACCUGGGGCUCCAGGACAACGCGGCAUGCUUCCCUUCAACCAACAGCAAGGCAUGCAACCUGGAAUGGCAGGACAGAUGAUGGGGGGCCCCAACGCCCUAUCUAACAUGGCCAAUAUGGCCCGUCCUGGCAUGAAUCUUGGGCAGCAGACGCCCGGUGUUCCUGGCGGACAACCCCAACAGCAGCGUCCCAAUAUGCUCACACCGCAGCGCAUGAUGAAUGCGCAACAAAUGCUUCAACAAAAUCCUGGUAUCAUAGCAAGCACUGAUGCUCGACCUUUCCCGCCAGAAGUCGUGGGUCCGCAGGUCAGACAAAGUCUGCCGCCGGACGUGAAGAGCUGGGGCCAACUAAAGCAGUGGGCCCAGCAGAAUCCGGCCAUACUAUCUCCUGCAGAGACACAAAAGCUUCUCGUGCUUCAAGUGAUCCAUUUCCAGAACAUGUUGCAGCAGCAACAACAAAGGCAGCAGCAACAGCAGCAGAUGAAUGGCACUGCUCAACCGAAUAAUCCUGCAGGUAUGGCGCCGCCUGCCCCAAUGACCCCAGGCCAAGGCCUGCCAAGGAUGCCGCAACAAGCUUUGAAUUUGGCCAGUAUGCAAGUCUCAGAGCAAGAAAUGCAGAUCUUCCGACAGAAGAUGGCACCGAAUAAUCCUCAGAUUCUGCAAUUGAAUCCCGACCAGUUGCGCCAAUACAUCAUUCAGACGAAGCUGAAGAGCCGGCAACAACAGCAGCAGCAGCAAAUGCUUGCUCAACAGCAGCAGCAGCGAAGCAUGCUACAGCAGCAGCAGCAGCAACAACAACAACAACAACAACAGCAACAACAGCAACAACAGCAGCAGCUACCACCUCAGCAGCCCACUCAGCAGCCCACUCAGCAGCCCAGUCGACCCCCGACCGCUCAAGCUCAGUCAACACCACUGCCUAAGCCAGUUGCGAGACCACAGCAACCUGCACAACCUGCGGUUAAUGCUAACAAGAGCUUAAAACGGCCCAACGAGGACUCUGCUGAGGCCAACACAGACCAAUCUGGCGGAAAAGCAGCGCCACAAGCGCCUAUGGUCCCUCAGAGACCGAUUCCCAAUCUCACCCAGGAGCAGAUGUCGAAGCUCACACCGCAGCAACAGGCUGCAGUCAAGGCACAGCUUCUCAAGGCUCAAGAUGCCUCCCACGCCGCCAAUGGCAAAGCACCACAACAACGCCCAUUGCAAAGCGCUGAUGAUGUUCGUGCCCGCAUGACCGAUCCUGCGAGGAUUCAGAAGUUGCAUGCCAUUAUGUCUGAGGUCGAAAGGAUGUUGCCCGCCGGCCAAACAAAUCAGAUCCCACCGCAAGUGCGCGCUCAACUACAGGGCACACUUCAGAAGCAACUUCAAUAUUUGAAGAAGAUUGACCUUUCGAUCCGCUUCUUCUACGCAUCUUUCGAUAAUGACAGCAACUCCGAGAACGUCAUACGUCAAAUUAUGAUGGCGCGGUGCUUGCUGUUCCGAGAAAUGAGCCUCGAUACCGGGUUGCUCAACGACCAGAUCAAUCUGUCAACAGAUGGCUUCAAAUCCCACCUCCGUACCGUCCUCAACUUCGUCACCAAGAUUGGACAGAAAAUGUCGCAGUCACAACAGGCUCAAAAUGGCAAUGCCCAGCCUAACCAGCAACAGUCGCAGCCCAGCGCAGAGCUUGCUACCCCUCCAGCUCAAUUGAAUGCCGCCAACCUCAAGCAACACACAGAGUCUCACCAACGAGGUUCGAAAGCUCCGCAAGCUCCGACUACUGACCGACCGCCCUUCCCUCUGGGUGGCGGGCAAUCCCCAAGUGGAGCUCCGAAGUACUUCGAUGAAGCCCCCAGACCCAUCUCACUCGUCUUGCCAGACAAGAAGCGCGCAAGAGUGGACGGAGGCAGUGCGAGCUCAACACCUGGACCCAGGCCCUCGCCUCGUAUGGGUGGUGGAAAAGGCAGCUCACCUGAGCUCAAACGACAGCCGGGACCCGACAAGCAAAUGCCUCAGAAGCCGACGUUCAAGUGCAAGGAAGCUAACUGCGAAUACUCUGUUCGAGGAUUCGAUACACAGACGGAGCUUGAGGCUCACAUCAGCAUUGCCCACACUGUACAUGAAAACCCUCUCCGAUUUGCGCUCGAAUCUAUGGCAGAUUACCUCGACGUGGACGCAAAGACUGGCGAAGCCAAGAUUGUCACUUCGAAGCCGACCGCGAAGCCUGCGCCUGCUCCGGCUGCUUCAGUCCAGCGUACAUCUACGCAGGCUAUCAAGACUGAACAGGGUACUGUCCCCACAGCCUCGACUCCUUCCGGACAACAUGUGGGUGCCACGCCAAUGGCGCGCAUACCAACGCAGACUGGUAUUAAGAACUCUCCAUCCGCCAACUUGCUCAAGACUCCGCAGGCAAUGGCCAAGGUGGCCACGCCCAGCACCGGAGCUGUCAAGCCUACGCCUGCCGGUGCUGCGAAGUCGACAGUCAAGGCGCCAGCACCUGCCGCCGUACCCGAGCCAGAGAAGACACAAGAUCUGCAACCCAUGAUCCCCAUGUCACUGCUCGACUACUCGUAUGAGGAGACAUUUGCUGCCCUCGAUGCCAACGGUCCCUUCACUGUACUCGACUUGAAGGACGUCGACAAUACCUGGGCCACACGCUCGCGGCCCAGCUCACCAACCGAGACACCCGACUCAUCCUCCAAGGAUACGCCAUCCACACGCCAGUCCGACAUCUCCGAGAACGAUAACCUCAUGAUCAACAUCGACAUCGACAUGCCCGACGCCUGGAUGAUGCCCAUGCACGGCGACGCGCUCCCACUCGACAUGCAGCUAUCCGACGACCUACAAACUCUCGGUGUGUCUCUACCGCCUAUGGAUAGCGAGGAGAUGAUGCUUUUUCCCUCGCUACUGGAUUUCGAUGCCGUGGAGAAGCAGAUGGACGGCAGUCUAGCUGGGCUGGCAGCCGGCAUCUACUGA